UUUUGUGACUUGGAACAUAUAGAAGAGAUUGAAAACUUUUGUCGCAUAAAAGUAUUAGAUUUGGAUGAUGUAGCUUCUAAAAGUAAUUCAUCUCCAGAGCCAUCUACCAAUAUUAUUAGUCAUAUUGAGAUGAGCAUCCUCAACAAAAAUAAUUUAAGAAAAAAGCCCUGGAGAAAUGGACUUGAUUUUGAAAUUUCAAAAGACUCUUUUUCUGUCAUUUCACGAAAAGAAUUGCAACAAGCAGAGACUGAAUAUAAUAGUUCUUUAAAACUGCACAACUCAAAUGUGAAAAAUAAUGGACAUAUUAUCUAAAGAACUGUCUGAUUACAGUCUGUAUCCAACAGAUGAAAUGUACGCAGAUAUUACUAAAAAACUCAUUAAAAAUUUCCCAUCCUUACAAGAUCCCAUAGUAGGUGAUGGCAUUUCCUGCUGGAAAAUAGCACUCAAGUACCGCAUGCAGGAGAUCAGAAGGAAAUGUAAAUGUAAUGAAACAUCAAUUAAUUCUGGCAAACGAUCAAGAAGCAUCACUUUGCAAUUAGAUCUCAACGCCAAUAAAUCCCCGUUGCAAAAUGGUGGUAUUAAGAAAGCGAGACGCGGGGAAGUUAAUUAUGCUCCAGACUUUCCUGAUGGCGAAAAUGAAUCCACUCUGCAACAACAUCAGGAGCAAAUGAACAGAGAAUGGAUGAAAAAGGACUUCAACAGGAUAUUUAUAAAUCAAAAAAUGGAAGUUACUUUUUCUUUCAGAAGACAACAGAUAAUAUCCAGAAUUAAAAUGAGUGAGAUAAAAGAACAGUGGCCAGCAUUAUUUACACCAGAUCAACUGACUAGAGAGAUGAUUCGUCUGAUUGGCUUUGAUAUCGAACCAAAAGUUAAAAGUAAUCUUUGCAACCGAGGUUUCUUAGAAAUUGUACAAAGAAGAAUGAAAACACGAAAUAUAACUGCAGAAACUGCACUGAAGUUUAUUCCAAAAUUUUUCCACGAAAAAUGGUCUUUCUUUGUUACAGAGGAUGAACUUAACCCUCAGAUGAAUGCCAGUGAAGCUGCAACUGAACCAUUGCCUCCACACCCAGUGCUCAUAGAGAUGGCUGGGCGUUGGGCGAUCUCAUGUGAAAGAGACUUACUGAUGCAGAAUUUGGAAUUCAUUGAUGCAGUUAUCAACUUAAUAAUGACAUAUUAUGCAUGUGAUAUGGAAUAUCACGAAUGUGGUGUUAAGUCAAUGCUAUUCCUGCAAGUAGGAUUAGCAGCAGAAAUUUCUUCUUCUGUUAAAAUCCCACCAGUUGUUUCAUCAUAA